AUGUCUUCCGUUAUUUACAAACAGGCCCAUAAGAUACUUCUAAACUCCUCCCAAGAUAUGGAUCGGGAUACGAACUAUACAUCUGAUUCCCUCAAAGAGGAAGGCGGAGAGCAGGCAACAGAACCCGCCUCUUGGCUCCACAAGCGGGAGAUUCCAACAGCUACAGAAAUAGGUGGACUAUCGGACAAUACGACAGAGAUUGGUUUUGAUGCUGUGGAAAUCCCAGUGAAUAUCAUAGACGCACCAUGGAACUCGAAAGAAGAGUAUCUCGAAUCACAUUACGAGCUCACACGGGAAGACGCUAUUUCGCCAUUGCGCGAUGCUGUGGCAGAGGUUCGGGCAAACCCUCAAAUGGGCGACAGUACAGAUCUUUGCAUAUACGAUCAGGUUCAUAUUAUUGGAUUUACCCUCUCUCCGCAAGGGCCGGCUGCUCGGGUGGCAUUCUCCAUGACCCGAGCCGGCAAGAAGGUGCACUGGGAACAGUCAAAGCGACUUCUCACUGGUAGCAUGGUUGCGCUGUCUCCCGCCAAAGACGCAUUUGAAAGUAAAUGUGUGGUCGCUAUUGUGGCUGCGCGUCCGCUCGCAGGGCUCACGCAAUCACCUCCUGAGGUUGAUUUAUUCUUCGGAGGUCCAGAAGAGAUUGAGCUCGACCCACAAGAGGAAUGGAUUAUGGUCGAGGCUCGCACAGGCUACUUUGAGGCCUAUCGGCAUACUCUUCUCGCUCUUCAGAAGCUAAUGUCGGAAAAGUUUCCGCUUACGAAGUAUCUUGUUGAGGUUCAAAAGGAAGUCGGCCCGCCUGAGCGCUUACUGCGCAAUGGCAGCGUCAAUCUUAGUUCAGUUUGCAGUUCGCCGAAAGAUUCCAGUAGCUAUGCAAAUGUCGAUCUGACUUCCAAGUCUCCUCGUUUACCUCCGAUGGAUUUGGAUAAGUCACAAAUCUCGGCAAUGCACCGGAUCCUUUCAAAGGAAUUGGCAAUUGUACAGGGGCCGCCUGGUACAGGAAAGACUCAUGUUUCAGUCAUGGCUCUGAGAGCCCUUAUUGCAAAUCAACGAAUUGAGGAUGGUCCUAUAAUCAUUACUGCUCAGACGAACCAUGCCCUGGAUCAACUUCUUCGGCAUGUGGCAGCCUUUGAGCCUAAUUUUGUUCGUCUUGGGGGGAGGACCGCGGACCAAGGAGUUGUAAAGGACAGGACACUGUAUCAGCUCAGAAAAUCUUUCUCCCUACCACCUCCCCCAGGGUGUAUGAGAGCAAAGGCCAUGCAGAAGAUGCGAUCGCAUGCGGAUUCACUGUCUGACGUACUCAGUCCUCUACAUGAGAACUCUGGCACUUUUGACCCAGGGUUUCUGCUGAAGCUGGGCAUCCUGACGCAAGGACAGGUAGAGUCACUAGCUCAAGGGGCAUCCGACUGGGUACAACUUGGUCAGGACGAUGGACCCGGUGGUAGCCUGUCUCGAUGGCUUGGUGAAGACUUGCUCCCGUUCAAGCACGUCCACACUGCCCAAACGUAUGGCAUCGAUUAUGAAGAGGUUGAUUUGGAGUUCGAACAAUUAAAGGAGAUGGAAGCAGAAACGAAGGCGAUGUUCAGUGAUGAUUUGGAAACAGAUAUUCUCAAGGGCGGAUAUUUUAGUAUCUCUGAACCAUUUACUGGUCGCCAAACAGCCGGGAUAACCCAAAACAAAGUUUCUCAAGCCUUGAAGAAACAAAAUCUAUGGGAGGUGCCUCAACGCGUCCGCGGUUUGGUCUAUUGCGAGUUACAGAGAAGAGCAAAACAAGCUCUUCGGGCCUCUUUUCGUGAGGCGGCGAAAGACUAUGCCGAGGCCGUUCAGCAAGUGAAGAUUGGAAAGUGGGAAAUGGAUGCAAAUUUGCUGAAGAGGGUAAGGGUGAUUGGCCUUACCACCACAGGUUUUAGCAAAUAUCGAGCUCUGGUCGCCAGUUUACAACCGAAGAUUGUGGUCAUUGAAGAAGCGGCAGAGACUCUGGAGGCACCUGUUAUUGCAACUUGUGUGGAAUCACUUGAGCAGCUGAUUUUGGUGGGUGAUCAUAAGCAAUUGCGGGGCCAUUGUUCUGUGCAAGAGCUCGAGGAACACCCUUACAAUCUUGGCGUCUCAAUGUUUGAGCGGUUGGUCAAUAACCGCAUAGAGUUUUCAAUGCUGAGGUGUCAGCGCAGAAUGAUUCCUGAGAUUCGCAAACUCCUCAUGCCAAUCUACGAGAAUUUAAAUGAUCACCCCUCUGUCCGUGGUCGAAUCCCCGUACCGGGAAUGGGUGGGGUGAAUUCUUACUUUUUCACCCAUGAAUGGCCGGAAGGAUCGGACAAUAACAUGUCCAAGUGCAACCAGAAAGAAGCAGAUAUGAUUGUUGGCUUCUUCGACUACCUUGUUUUGAAUGGAGUCAGCGUCAACGACAUCACUGUGCUUACAUUUUACAAUGGACAGCGAAAGCUCAUUCUAAAGGGGCUCAAAUCGCAUCCUACUCUUUGCGGCACCUAUGUCAAAGUGGUCACGGUUGACUCUUAUCAGGGAGAGGAGAAUGAGAUUGUUCUUUUGUCACUUGUAAGAAGCAAUGCAGGCCAGAGCAUUGGCUUUGUGGGAGUAGAGAAUCGAAUUUGCGUUGCUCUUUCAAGAGCACGUCGGGGGUUCUAUAUGUUUGGGAAUGCCAAGGCGCUUUGUCAUGGGAGUGGGCUGUGGUGGAGCGUGGCGAAUAUUUUGAGGACUAAUGGGCGCCGAAUCGGCUUCAAUCUUCCAAUGCAAUGCGAGAUCCACGGGGCGAAGACGUACAUUCAGGAUCCUAUCGAGUGGAGUCAGGUGAAUGGUGGAUGUGGCCAGAUUUGCGGCGGUUCUCUAGCAUGUGGUCAUAUUUGUCCGCUCAAAUGCCAUCCCUUUUCUCAUAGCCGCAGCAAUUGUGUACAGCCAUGUAAAGAGAUACUUUCCUGCGGGCACCAAUGCGGAGAGCCUUGUUAUAUCCGACCCUGUCGCUGCCGAAAAUGUAGCCGAGAAUCACAAGGGCUCAAGUCCCGUUCAGCGACACCAUCUCGCCAAUCUAAAUCCAGUGUCUCGGAUGCAUAUCGGAAAUUUGCGAAUGGCGGCGUUGUGCAAUCGGAUCUUGUCCUGGAGGCUGCAGCUCAAAAGGCUCAACUGGCCAUUAUCUACGCCUACGGUGAUGGAGCCAAGCUUACUAGACUGAGGUUGCCUACGGUGAUCAACGACCCCUGGGAAAUCUCAGUAGCUACCAUGCGAUGA